UUGGCCCGCACACUACUUCCGUGUGACGUUCUCCUUUUCAUUUUCCCCAAUUUCUUUCCUCUUUCUCACUGUUUAAUUAACCUAAUUUACUUACUUAUAAUGGCGGAUUGGGGACCGGUGUUGAUAGCGGUGGUGCUGUUCGUACUAUUAUCGCCGGGGCUGUUGUUCCAGUUACCUAGCCGUGGAAAAGUGGUGGAGUUCGGCGGGAUGCAAACGAGCGGCGCUGCUAUUUUGGUACAUGCCGUCAUUUACUUUGGUCUCAUCACUAUCUUACUUAUUGCCGUCGGCGUCCAUGUUUAUGCCGGUUAAUCAAACUCCGAUCUGUAUUUUCUGUUUGUUGCUCUUUUAAUUAUCUUGUACUUUUUGUUUGUUUACGAAUCGUUAAUUACAGGGACGGAUUGUUGCUUUUU